CACUGCUCAACCGCCUUCUAUUAUAUAAGCUAAGUUUCUGUGACAGACCCUUUGCGGUGCCGCCCGUGCUGCCCACCCUCUUGGAUUCUACAGACACGCUAAAAACCACCACUGUUCGUGUCAGUACGGCCUCUUUUUCCGGCCAAGUUAUCACUUAUCAAAAACACAGAAAAAAGUAAAAAAAAUUAAAACACAAAAAACCCCAAACCGUAACUUUUCUUACAUUUUAUUCGCCUCUGUUUCCGAUUCCAGCAAUAUUCGUUAAGGGUUUUUAGUGUUUUGUUCUGGGUUUUGUUUCUAUUUUUGUGAAAUUGGGAGAAUGUCUCAGGUUCAGUCACAGCCACAAGGACCUGUUUCUGCUCCAGUUGGAAUGGCAAGCAAUGGAGGAAACCAAUUCGUCUCAACAUCGUUAUAUGUUGGUGAUCUUGAACAAAAUGUAACCGAAACUCAGCUCUAUGAUUUGUUUAAUCAGCUGGGUCAGAUCGUUUCAAUUCGGGUCUGCAGGGACUUGACCUCUAGAAGGUCACUUGGAUAUGGCUAUGUCAAUUAUAACAACGUACAUGAUGCGGCACAGGCAUUAGAAGUACUGAAUUUCACUCCUGUCAAUGGCAAGCCAAUUAGGAUAAUGUAUUCAUAUCGUGAUCCUACUAUUCGCAAAAGUGGUGCAGGAAAUAUAUAUAUCAAGAAUUUGGACAAGGCAAUUGACAACAAAGCUCUACAUGACACAUUUUCUGCAUUUGGAAAUAUUUUAUCUUGCAAAGUGGCAACUGACUCUGCGGGUCAGUCUUUAGGAUAUGGGUUUGUACAAUUUGAUAAUGAGGAGUCUGCUAAAAACGCAAUUGAUAAGUUGAAUGGUAUGUUACUGAAUGACAAACAAGUUUAUGUUGGACCUUUCCUCCGCAGACAAGAAAGAGAGUCAGGCACAGAUAAGACAAAAUUCAAUAAUGUUUAUGUAAAGAAUCUUUCAGAGACUACAACUGAGGAGGAUUUGAAGAAAAUUUUUGGUGAAUAUGGGGCUAUUACUAGUGCUGUAGUGAUGAGAGAUGGGGAUGGCAAGUCCAGAUGCUUUGGAUUUGUCAACUUUGAGAAUCCAGAUGAUGCAGCUCGAUCAGUCGAGGCUCUCAAUGGGAAGACAUUUGAUGAAAAGGAGUGGUAUGUUGGAAAAGCACAGAAAAAAUCUGAGAGAGAAGUUGAAUUAAAAGGGCAGUUUGAGCAGACUUUGAAAGAGACGGUGGACAAAUUUGAAGGAUUGAAUCUAUAUGUUAAGAACCUAGACGAUAGCAUCACGGAUGACAAGCUGAAGGAAUUAUUCUCAGAAUUUGGUACAAUUACUUCAUGCAAGGUUAUGCGUGAUCCUAAUGGUGUCAGUAAAGGAUCAGGCUUUGUUGCCUACUCAACUGCUGAAGAAGCAUCUAAAGCUCUUACUGAGAUGAAUGGUAAAAUGAUAGUUAGCAAGCCAUUGUAUGUUGCACUUGCGCAGAGGAAAGAAGAACGGAGAGCUCGAUUGCAGGCACAAUUUUCACAAAUGCGUCCUGCUAUGGCACCUGCAGUUGGCCCCCGUAUGCCAAUGUAUCCCCAUGGCACUCCAGGUAUUGGACAGCAACUAUUCUAUGGUCAAGGCCCUCCUGCUAUUGUCCCUCCCCAGCCUGGAUUUGGGUAUCAGCAACAACUGGUUCCUGGAAUGCGGCCAAAUUUUUUUGUCCCAAUGGUCCAACCAGGUCAGCAGGCUCAGCGCCCCAGUGGCCGGAGAUCUGGAGCAGGGCCUGUGCAGCCUCAGCAACCACUUCCCAUGAUGCAGCCACAGAUGCUUCCAAGGGGGCGUGUCUAUCGUUACCCUCCUGGUCGCAGCAUGCCUGAUGUUCCCAUGGCUGGUCUUCCUGGUGGCAUGCUUCCUGUUCCUUAUGAUAUGGGGGGAAUGCCAUUUAGAGAUGGUGCGUUUUCACAGCCUAUGCAGACUGGUGCUUUGGCAACUGCCCUUGCUAAUGCAACGCCUGAGCAACAGAGGACGUUGCUCGGUGAAAAUUUAUAUCCACUUGUAGACCAGUUGGAGCAUGAAAAUGCUGCUAAGGUUACUGGCAUGCUUCUAGAGAUGGACCAGACUGAGGUUUUGCAUUUGCUGGAGUCUCCAGAAUCCCUGGAAGCCAAAGUUGCUGAAGCAAUGGAAGUUCUUAGAACCGUUCAGCAGCAGGCUAAUAGUCCAACCAAUCGAAUGGCAACACUUUCCCUGAAUGAGAACCUAGUUUCUUAAGCUUGGCUAUGGCUAUUAUUUUUAGAGAACUUUCUGAAACUUGUUUUUGAGAGUAUUUUCGGUGUGGCAACAAAGUUUUGCCUGUUAUAUUUUAGUUAAUAUUUAAUGUUACUAUAUUAAGGCUUCAGUUAUCUGAGUUGUGUUUUUACA